CCCGCCUUCCCCAGAUGCAUAUAAAGGCUCCUGGGUGUGAGGCAGCCACACUCUCAGUCUCCUCGGCCAGCACCUUUCUCUUCUCUCUGCCAAUUUGCUCACUCCCUCACCUCCUCAGCACCAUGACCACUUGCAGCCGCCAGUUCACCUCCUCCAGCUCCAUGAAGGGCUCCUGUGGCAUCGGCGGUGGUUCCAGCCGCAUCUCCUCUGUCCUGGCUGGAGGGUCCUGCCGGGCCCCCAGUGCCUAUGGGGGCCUGUCUGUCUCCACCUCUCGCUUCUCCUCUGGGGGAGCCUGCGGGCUGGGGGGCGGUUAUGGCGGUGGCUUCAGCAGCGGCAGCAGCUUUGGUGGGGGCCUAGGUAGCGGCUUUGGUGGAGGAUUUGGUGGUGGCCUUGGUGGUGGCUUCGAUGCUGGCUUUGGUGGUGGCUUUGGCGGUGGUGACGGGCUCCUGACGGGCAAUGAGAAGGUGACCAUGCAGAACCUGAAUGACCGCCUGGCCUCCUACCUGGACAAGGUGCGCGCCUUGGAGGAGGCCAACGCCGACCUGGAGGUGAAGAUCCGUGACUGGUACCAGAGGCAGCGGCCCGCUGAAAGCAAAGACUACAGCCCCUACUUCAAGACCAUCGAUGACCUGAGGAACAAGAUCAUGGCAGCCACUACUGAGAACGCACAGUCCAUUCUGCAGAUCGAUAAUGCCAGGCUGGCAGCCGAUGACUUCAAGAACAAGUAUGAGCAUGAGCUGACCCUGCGCCAGAGCGUGGAGAGUGACAUUAAUGGUCUGCGUCGGGUGCUGGACGAGCUGACGCUGUCCAGGACUGACCUGGAGAUACAGGUCGAAAGCCUGAGGGAGGAGCUGGCCUACCUGAAGAAGAACCAUGAGGAGGAGAUGAACUCCCUGAGAGGCCAUGUGGGCGGAGAUGUCAACGUGGAGAUGGAUGCAGCGCCCGGUGUGGACCUGAGCCGCAUCCUGAAUGAGAUGCGCGACCAGUAUGAGAAGAUGGCAGAGAAGAACCGCAAGGACGCCGAGGACUGGUUCUUCAGCAAGACAGAGGAGCUGAACCGUGAGGUGGCCACCAACAGCGAGCUGGUGCAGAGUGGCAAGAGCGAGAUCUCUGAGCUCCCGCGCACAAUGCAGAGCCUGGAGAUUGAGCUGCAGUCCCAGCUCAGCAUGAAAGCAUCCCUGGAGAACAGCCUGGAGGAAACCAAAGGCCGCUACUGCAUGCAGCUGUCCCAGAUCCAGGGGCUGAUUGGCAGUGUGGAGGAGCAGCUGGCUCAGCUGCGCUGUGAGAUGGAGCAGCAGAACCAGGAGUACAAGAUCCUGCUGGACGUGAAGACACGACUGGAGCAGGAGAUCGCCACAUACCGUCGCCUGCUGGAGGGCGAGGAUGCCCACCUCUCCUCCCAGCACACAUCUGGCCAGUCACAUUCUUCCCGAGAGGUGUUCACCUCGUCGUCCUCCUCCUCUCCCAGCCGCCAGACCAGGCCCAUCCUCAAGGAGCAGGGCUCGUCCAGCUUCAGCCAAGACCAGAGCUCCAAGUACUGAGCUGCCUCUUCCAGAGUCUCCUGCCCUCCCUCCGGCCUCCCCUCCUGAAGGCCUGGGUCAGGACCUUACUCUCCCAGCGCAGUUCCCAGCUGUCUCCCCUCCCUCUCCGCUGGUCGUGGGCUAAUAAAGCUGACUUUCUGGUUGAUGCAAA